UAGCUGCCCAUCCCGGGCGGACUGCAUCAGGUUGGCUAGCUCAGCUUUCUGGUUAGGAUGUAAGCCAGGAUGUGGCUCUGUUGGUUUGUGGUGAAUUAUAGAACGGAUAGCGACCAUCCGACAUCAUAUAACAAGUUAACAGGGUUUUGUUUUUCGCUAGAUGAGCACCAGGCUAAUACUAAUUGUCCCGGCAGCUAAGCCGGUUGGCUAACUUUGUUCUCCGCUGCAUCGCUCAGAUUCCUCUGCUCUGCUAACUGCUAGCAAGGUUAACUUAACGUUAGCUAGCAGUUAACGAGGUUGUUAUUGCGGCCGGCGUCAACAUUAUUUUGGGCUAAAGUUGCGGCCAGACCACCUGCUGCGAGCUGCCCCGUGUAGCCAUCAUUGGUUCCUUUAUUAUCUGUCUUAUGAUUAUCAUGGGCUGUAAUCGGCUUGACGCUAUUUCUGUCAGUCGAGAAAGCUAACGAGUAACAUUGGUUGCCAGCUAAGUCAGUGUUAUCUGGCAUGUUUAGCGAGGCCGACAUCAGCGACAAAGGUGUCUGGCCAGCGAGAACUGACUACAGGGCUCAAACUGUAAUCCAACAUGGCGUUAUGUCUGGUUUUGUGAAGUUACAAGCCUUUACUGUGGUGUGUAAUCCGAUCACAAAUAAUGAUGCAUCAAUGCAAUGCUGGUAAAUCUCGGUUGUGGCUGGGAUUGGUGAAAUAACCAGUCUUGAUGUCUUUCAAUAGAGUUACAAUGGAGCCUUCGGGAAGUACUAUGACAGCAACAUCACCACCAGGCAACCACACCCCAAACUCAACAGGUAAUGACUGUCCAUGGGAGCUGAGUGACAAGGCCAGGCUGUGCCGUUUCCUCUGCUACGGUUCGGAGGGAGACAUAUACACUGCCAGGGACGAGUGUCGGCUCAGCGUGGAGAGUGCAGGAGCCCUGCUCGCCCUGCUCCAGGAGGGCCGUGGCUGCGAGGUGGUGGAGGAGAUUAAGAGGUUCACUGAGGAUGGGAGAGCUGUCAGACUCAACCCCUCGCUCUUUGCCUUGGCUUUGUGCUCUCAGCACUCUGAGCUGAAAACCAGGCAGGCGGCGUUCAAAGCCCUGAAGGAAGUCUGUCGGGUCCCCGCUCACCUGUUUUCCUUCAUCCAGUACAAGAAGGAAUUGAAAGAGGGCAUGAAGUGUGGGAUUUGGGGACGUGCCCUGAGAAAAGCCGUGUCAGAUUGGUACAAUGAGCAGGAUGCCAUGAGUCUAGCUCUGGCUGUGACCAAAUGUAAACAGAGAGAAGGCUGGUCCCACCAGGAUCUGCUCAGGCUGUCCCACACAAAGCCAGCCCAUGAAACAAUUGCUUUGAUCAGUAAAUAUGUAACAAAAGGAUGGAAAGAAGUCCAGGUUGCAUAUGCAGACAAAGAGAACUCGGAAGAGGUUGUCAAAGUGCUUUCAUAUCUUGAAGUGGUGGAGAAGGUCAAGCACACCUGUGAUGAAAUAGAGGUCAUCAAUUUAAUAGAGGAACACAGACUGGAGAGGGAGCAACUACUGACAGACCACCUGAAGUCCAAACAAGUAUGGAGAGCUUUGUUGAAGGAAAUGCCUCUGACAUCAAUGCUAAGGAUCUUGGGUAAGAUGACAGCAGACAAAGUCCUGGAGCCAGGGAGCUCGGACAUGGCAGCUGUUUGUGAAAGGAUUCAGAAUGAGACCACACUUAAAAAGGCCAAGAUUCACCCUUUCAGCAUCCUCUUGGCCAUUGAAAACUACAAAAGAGGCCAAGGCUAUCGAGGCAAAACAAAAUGGGAACCAGACAGCAGCAUCCUCAAAGCCCUGGACUCUGCCUUUUACAAGUGUUUCAUGAACGUGGAGCCUGUGGGUAAAAGGUUUGCAGUGGCAGUGGACGUCAGCACAUCGCUGAGCAGCGUCAUCCCGGGGACAUCACUCAGCACUGCUGUUGCUGCUGCAGCCAUCACCAUGGUUAUUGCAAGGACAGAAGCAGACGCGCAGAUCCUCAUCUACUCUGAAGGAGCUUUGGUUCCCUGCACAAUCUCUGCUGACAUGACUCUCGCUCAAGUCACAGCUGAACUGGUUAAGAUCCCCAGUGGAAGCACAGACUGCACCCUUCCCAUCACGUGGGCCACAGAGAACGGGAAAGCUGUGGAUGUGUUUGUCAUAUUGUCCAACAACCCGGUGUGGACAUGUCCCGCCAGCCCAGUGGAAAUGCUAAAGAAGCACAGACAAAAAUCGGGAGCCUUUUCCAAGUUGGUGAUGUGUGGCUUGACUUCCAUUGGACACGCCAUCGCAGACACAGAGGACAGGGGUUUACUGAACAUCUGUGGCUUCGAUGUUGGAGCUGUAAGCAUCAUCCGCAACCUAGCCCAGGAUCUGAUCUGAUUAAAACAUGAGGACAGUCUCUGAAUCAUAUUGAUAGAGUACAAAAAAAAAUGGCACAAAGUGGACAAACUUUACUUAGCAUGUAGAGUGCCCUAAAACAGCACUAAUCCAAAACAUGUUGACAUUUACAAUUCUGAUUUGUUUUUAUAUUGUAUUGCUUACAAGUCAAUUGACGACGUGUCCAGCAGGCUGGACAACACUCUUUAAUUGUUAUGUGCAUUUAUUUUCCUGAAAUUUGGGAAGGAAGUGAUAAGUUACAACACUGAUAUGCCAUUGUAUAUCAUGCUAUUAGAGUUUUAAUGCAAACAGCACACGGUAUAAUGUGCUGUGUGAAUUUUACUAGUUCUCAAUGCAAAGUAACACACCAAGAAGUGGGCGACGACCCUUUCAAGACUGAAUUCUACUCAUUUCUAAUAAGAACCAGGCACAUGAAGUCAUUUGGAUCAAAGAGCAACGGUGCAACAGACCUGUAUAAUGUUAGAGGCGUAGGUCAGCUGUAGGUUUUUCUUAGAAGGGUUUUACUGUAGUUUCUGUUGUAUAUCUAUGGUAUGACUUAGCAAGUUUGAUCUGAAGGUAGAGGCUUUUUAAACCUUGGAAGCCUGUCCUUCUGUUGUAUGUAGCAUUAUUGUAAAUGAUUGCAGUUAAGUGGAAUCAAAACAAAGUAAAGCACCAAGGGGCAACAGAAUAUACCUCAGUUGUUUUUUUCCUGGGUAUUCUGUAAAAAUCCUUUGAUUUGAGAAUGACUUGAGAAAGGUAACGCUUACAGGAAAGUAACAGCAACAGCACGUGUCAAGAAUCCCAAUGAUCGGUGGUUGUUUUUUUCCUUACAGCCUGGUCAAAAUUCUCAACCAAUGUAUUACACUAUGCCUCCCUAUACCAAUAUAGCAUUUUUAUUUGACUUUUUUUGUUUUCAAAUUGAGCUUUCCUUCUGCUCUUGUGAAAUUCAUUUUGUAAAAUACCCUUGGUGCUCUUAAAUGUGUGAUACUGAAUAAAGGUUAUUUUGGGUUGUCCCUUGAGAACAGUGAUGCCAAUGUUUGGGACCGUGUGUCAGAGUUUACUGUAAGUUGGAGAGAUGGAUUUGCUCCCAUCAUUUUUAAUCUGAUUUCUAUGCAUCACUAAUGGGCUUUUUCAAUUGUUGUAUUCUCUUCAGAAAGGUCAAAUGAAAGCUAUUUAACAACAGUUUACCAAGACUGAAGCUGCUAGCACAGUAAUGUUUCUGUAUUAUUAUUAUUUUUUUUCUUAACAGCAAUGUAAGAAUGUCAGUGAUGCAAAAACUAACAUAGGUAAUUGCUACCUUUCCAGUGUAAUAGAUACAACUGAAUGUACCUUUUGUAAUACAUGUGUAACACUUUAGAGAUUUAAAUUACAAUGCUUUAUAUUUCUUCAGAUACUGAAUAAAUACACAGUGCUAGAAUAUUUUUAGUGGUAGCGGCCAAUUAAUUUUCAAUUUAGGGAAACACAACUGAAUACUACAGUGGUGCUCCUCGUCUAAUUACACAGUAAUUGUUAUAAAUACUUUGAACUUGUCAUUCAUCCUCUAUUCUGGUGUAACCAACCCUUUACAAGUAAAAUAAAAUAAACCCAGACCAUGUUACUGUGACGGAUCCUGUCUCCAUUCAUGCUGGGCUUCUAGUUCCGCCUGGGAUGUUUCGACAAAAUGUCAGAAAACUACAAAGUACAGAAGCAGAGAAUAUUUGAGAUUACAUGAAUCUUGAUGCCACAUGUUGUAGUCCAAAGUCUGACAUGAUGAGAGAUGGUUAUGAAGAGGUAUUACAGUUCACAAGUUUUUUACUGUCAUGGUCAACUUGAUUUAAAUCCUAUUGUCUCUUGUAUCUGACCUUGCUUGACGUGCAGUACUUGACUGUAGUGGCAAUGUAAACCCCUAAUAAAUACUUUUUGCCGCUCUUGAAA